UCCCCAGUCUUCCCCGCGAGCGGACGCGCCAGCGCCUCUGUCUCGCUUUUUCUUAUUUUCUCCCCUUUCCCCUUUUCUUUUCUUUUUUUCCCCCUUCCCCCCCUUCCACCAUUUCCCCUCGGAGGCGCUUCCCCCGGGCAGGGGCAGAGCCGGCCUCACCCCGCGCCUCUCCCCGGCCCCCGCCGCCCUAUGGCGAGAGGGCGCCCCCUCCUCACCCGGGCACCAGCGGCGGCGGUCGGAGGAGUGGGACCGGCGGCGGCGGCCUCGGGCCCAGGGUCAUCAUGGAAUUAGUUCGCUGACUGACCCUUCGGCCGCAGCCGUGCGUCCCGCCCGAGUGCCCGCGCCCGCCGGCCCGGUUCGCCCUCUUCUCCCUCCUCAGUCGGCCCGGCCCUUGGUCCCGCGCGCCCCGCUGCCGCGCGCCGAGGAUCAUGAGGUGGUAACGGGUCCCCGGAUGACCCCGCGUCACCACUGUGAGGCCUACAGCUCUGCCGGGGAGGAGGAGGAGGAGGAAGAGGAGGAGAAGAAGAAAAUUCCAGCACUAAAGGUAUUGGCAAGAGACAGUUUCUGUGGCUGUUCCUCAUCUGAGAUUUUGAGAAUGGAGAGAAUUAUUCUGGAUAAGUUGAAUUGGGAUCUUCACACGGCCACACCAUUGGAUUUUCUUCACAUUUUCCAUGCCAUUGCGGUGUCAACUAGGCCUCAGUUACUUUUCAGUUUACCCAAAUUGAGCCCGUCUCAACAUCUGGCAUUCCUGACCAAGCAACUACUUCACUGUAUGGCCUGCAACCAACUUCUGCAAUUCAAAGGAUCCAUGCUUGCUCUGGCCAUGGUUAGUCUGGAAAUGGAGAAACUCAUUCCCGAUUGGCUUCCUCUUACGAUUGAACUGCUUCAGAAAGCACAGAUGGACAGCUCCCAGUUGAUCCACUGUCGGGAGCUAGCAGCACAUCACCUUUCUGCUCUGCAGUCUUCCCUGCCUCUAAAUUCCGUUUAUGUCUACCGUCCCCUCAAGCACACCCUGGUGUCCUGCGACAGAGGAGCGUUGAAAUUACAUCCCUCCUCUGUCUCAGGCCCAGGUUUCUCCAAGGACAACAGCAAGCCAGAAGUGCCAGUCAGAGGUACAACAGCCUUCUACCAUCACCUCCCAGCUGCCAGUGGGUGCAAGCAUACCUCUGCUAAACGCAAAGUGGAGGAAAUGGAAGUGGAUGACUUCUACGAUGGCAUCAAGCGGCUCUACAAUGAAGAUAACGCUUCAGAGAAUGUGGGCUCUGUGUGCGGCACUGAUCUAUCAAGGCAAGAAGGGCAUGCUUCUCCCUGUCCACCCUUGCAGCCUGUUUCAGUCAUGUAGUUUCAGGUGUUCCUUCCGGUGCACACUAGGGCUGACAAUAAAAACCAGGAAAGGCUGUAAAGAAGGGCAUGUGCUUUAUCAGACUGAGUGAAGUGAGCCAGGAGAAAAGAAAAACAAGUGCCCUUUUUGUUCCUUUGUGUGGCUACUUACAAUUCAACAUUAUUUAAUAUAAAGGCAUAUAUUUAUAGACUCAAGAUCCAAAAUAUAUUUAAAGGCAAAGUUCUUUGCACUAUGUCGGUUCCACUUUUUUCUUUGUUAAAAUAAUAGUUUGCCCCAUAUCCAAAAAACUAAAAUAAAAAUCAACGUUUAAGGGGGAAAGUUGCAAAAUUCAAUCCUAGAAACCUUGUUUCCAGUGUCCUCGGUUUUUCUCUUGUGUUUUCUUGCCUCUCUGUUGGAUACUUAAUAAUCUUUGUGCUUGAUGUAUGUGUUCUGACUCCCACUGAAUAGGUAGCCCCACUUUUUUUUUUAAAGCAAUUCAGUAAGCAAAUUUUUGUGUGGCAUCCAUGUUAAUCCAUGGCUCAAGUUGGUUAGUUCAAAAAGGGCACUUUGAGCUAUCCUCAUGAAUCAAUGGUAACUGAAAAAGUUCUCUUACUUUGUCUCAUUUUAGUUGAAAAACAAGAUGACUUUUUUUUUUUUACCUUUUUGCUUUUCUUAAAGUUUAAAAAUGGUGUGUAAUUAGGACAUUUUGAGCAUUUUUGACAUUUGUAUAAAGAAUUUCUUAUAAAGUUAAUAUAUCUGGGUGCUCACCAAAGAAACAUGUAUGUAACACAUACUUAGAUUUUUGUAACUGAUCUGUUGUCGUUCUUUUAAAAUGAGUAGGAGCAACUGCCUAGCUAUGAGGCAGCCGUGAUUGGAGUCUAACUUAUAAUUGAAUUCAGUACCCUAGUUUAUAUUAAGCUGUCAGGAUUUUCUUGAUAAGAAGUUAUUCCCCUUGUUUUUCUGAGUGACUUCUGCACCCUGAGCUCCCUUUGCAGUCUGAAGAAGGCACUGUAGUCUGAACCAUGGACUGGUGAUAAAGCCUCUGGUAGCAAUAAAAUGUUGUCCUUAACACU